AUGGCAACUCUUUCGUUCGAUCAGCCCAGAUUCGAUUGGCAAGCCGGAUAUCUGUACCAGGAAUUUUGUCGGUUCAAGCAACACGUGAGUUUCAUCUUCAAAGGGCCACUAGCGAAAUCCGAUGCCAAACAUAAGGCAGGAUGGAUCGGCAUGUGGAUUGGACAAGAAGGUAGGGAAGUGUACAAGACUUUUGUGUUUGAAAAUGACGAUGAAGACGACCCAAAAAAAAUUGUGAAGAAAUUAGAAAAUUAUGUUCGCCCCAAGAAAAACAAACGAAUGGCAAGAUUCAGACUUCACCAAAGAACACAAAAAGAGGCCGAAACUUUUGAUAACCUUGUUAAGGAUCUCAAAAUCUUAGCUAUGGACUGUGAUUACGCUGAUAAUAAUGAUGUUUUGAUUGACUUAAUCAUUAGUGGCGUCAGGCAUAGGAAAGUGCAAGAGAGACUGUUAGAACAAGGUCAGGAUAUCACACUCAAGAAAGCUAUAGAAAUCGGACAACAGUUUGAACUGUCACAAGCGCAAGUCAAAUUAAUGAGAGGAGAGGAAGUGUUGAAAAUUGACUCUUAUUCACAAAAGAAACACACAACCAAAUUCAAUGUGUCGCGCAAUAAAACUGUUAAAACUGGAAAACCCAAAGCCUAUAAACCAAGUGACAACCCAAAUUGUUCAAGUUGCGGUUUGGAACACGAACGUGGAAAGUGCCCAGCACUAGGAACCAUUUGCAGUUACUGUAAACAACGAAACCCCUGGAAGAAAGUGUGUCGGCGGCGGCUGAAACAGAUCAAAGUCAGCACGGUACAGCGAGAUACAGAGUCAGAGGAAGAGGAACUACUUACCAUUAGCAUGUGUACUUCUGUCAAGUCCAGUCAGGAUGACAACUGGGACGUUCGUCUUGGUAUCAAAGGUCAGCAGAUUCGCUGCAGGAUAGACACAGGAGCACGGACUAAGAUACUCACAUCUGCUCAAAUUAGAAACUUGGGAGGAUGCACACUGGAGAGUUCCAACAAGACUCUUAAGUUAUUCAGCAACCAUAAGAUCAAACCAAUAGGAUCAGUAACUCUUCCAGUUGUUUACCGUGAUCAUAAAACUAACGUUCACUUUGAAGUGGUCGACUUGGAUCAAGAGAAUAUCAUUAGUGGAGACACUGCAGUUACUCUUGGGUUGAUAUACAAAACCGACCCCCAUCUGCAGACUUCGAUAUCAGCUGUGACUGAGACUACAGAAAGUGCACAAAGUGAACUAUCCAGAGACUAUCCAGAACUCGUAGAAAGUACAGGAACACUACCCCUAGAAUACCAUCUCAGUAUAGACGAAUCUGUACCUGCAGUUAUUCAUCCCGUAAGGAAACUCCCAGCAGCAAUCAAGCCCAGGGCAGUUGACAAGCUGAGAGAGAUGGAAGCUAAUGGAUACAUCAUGAGAGUGGACAGGCCAACAGAAUGGGUCAGCUCAAUGGUAGUAAGUGUAAAGGGAGAAAAGAUACGCAUCUGCAUAGAUCCAAGGGAUUAA